AUGUCCGACUUUGAGAAUGAACUGCUAGACCUCGCAGAGGAUGAUCCCUCUAGGAAACACAAAAAGGCAAAGUCCUGCAAACGGCGGCGAGUGUCGCGUAAUUCCAUCACAGUUAUCGAUGAUUCCGACGACGAGGAACAGGAUAUGGAUAUGGACCUCGAGUCUGAAGAGGGCGAUGGUGCAGUACCUUCAACGAGUAAACCAAUAGUAAGGACUGCAAAACCAGGCAGUAGGAAUCCGUAUCCGCUCGAAGGAAAGUAUAUCGAUGAGGAUGACCGAGAACAACUGGAAGGAUUGCCCGAAAUCGAAAGAGAAAAUAUCCUCGCAUCCAGGUUGGAAGAAAUCCAAAAGCUCAAAGACGCCCAACAGCUCGAUGCUAUCUUCAAAAUGACUGCCGGUGGGGAGGAAGCUGGUGAUGAUGAUGACCUUCCCAGGAAACGACGAAAACACACCAGCGUGUCAAAGGAAGCUUCGCGUGCGAUCAAAGAUCUGAAGAACAAGCGGAAAGCCACGAGUGCCCGUGCCGCCAAACGGGCUGCCGAACGCGGGCUUCAUGGAUCCAACUCCGAACCGGCUACCGACUCUGAAGAAGGUCAAAUCUCCUUCCGAGACACCUGGCGUUCUCCCUCUCCUCGUCGAAGUCCGGAGAAGAAAAAACCCAUCAAGGCUCCCAAGGCAGCAGAUCUCGACGGCGUACCUCCAGAUCAUAGGGAACUGAACAGUGCCCGUUUGAGCCGAUACGAGAUAGUCGACAUGUUGUAUAAAGAUGGCUUCGAUGAGUUACUGAAGGGGUCUUACGUCAGAAUACCCGCCCCUGAUCCUGACCCCACCGGUAGACAGAAAUACAGAGUACAUAAAGUCAUCAACCUGGAGACAAACCCUGGCUUCGGCUCGUAUAAAAUUGAAUACAAAGGCCGUGAGAUCAAGGAAGACCGUGGACUUUUGUGUCAGUACGGCAGGGUCCAACGUGUGUUCAGGAUAGCCGACGUGUCGAAUGGAGAUAUCGACGAUGGCGAAUUCUCAAGGUUCAUGUCCACCAACCAUGCCGACAGAGUGGCCCCUCCCAAGAGAUCAGAGUUGUUGAAGAAACACGAGGACAUCAAGGCUAUGCAUCGGAGACCAAUGACAAAUGACGAAAUUUCCCGUCAAGUGGCAGCUCGUCGUGCUGCCAACCCUUCAUCUCAACGUUCCACUCUUCAAAUAGAAAUCUCGAACCUCAUCUCUUCACGUAAUCUUGCUUUGCGACGAAACGACUUACCCACUGUCGAACGUCUCAAUGCUCAGAUCAUCAGUAUGGGCGGAGAUCCCGAAACAGGCACUUUGGUAGAUGCGACGGACGAUUUAGGUGAAUAUGACGCAAAGAUUCAAAAGAUCAAUGAACAUAAUCGGAAGAGAGCGAAGGAGGCUACUUUGAAACAACAAGAAGCGGAGAGAGCGAGGAGAAGAGCGGAAGAGGCUACGAAAGCUAGGUGA